AUGUCUAAAAAUAAAUGUAAACGUCACUAUUAUAAAGUUACUGCUAAAAGUAUUUGUCCUACGAUCAAUGAAGUAAAAGGAUGGAACUUCCAAGAACUUCGUAAAUUUUUGGAAUCGAGGGAUAUUAAAUAUGAAGAUAUUAAUAUCAUCGACAAACAAAAUGUCGAUGGUUCAUCCUUCCUUGGGCUGACCGCAGCAACACUUGAGAGGUGGGGAAUACUAGGUGGACCAGCUAUAAAGAUCAAAAAGUUGGUCAAGGAAAUUCAAGGAGGCAAGUCUAAAAAUAUACUUACUGCGAAAAGUAUCCGUCCUACGAAAGAAGUAAACAAAUGGAGCUUCCAAGAAUUUCGUAAAUUUUUGGAAUCGAAAGACAUUAAAUAUGAAGAUAUAAUCAUCAUCGACAAACAAAAUGUCGAUGGUUCAUCCUUCCUUGAGCUGACCGCAAAGACUCUUGAACGGUGGGGAAUAUUAGGUGGACCAGCUAUAAAAAUUGAAAAGCUGAUCAAGGAAUUUAAACGAGGAUUUACUGGGGAAAUAUUCCUUCUUGUCGAUCAUUCGAAUUUGAUCGAACAAGGGAAAGAAACUGUGAAGCGUGAUGAGAAUCUAGUUGACAAGCCAAAUCUGUACAUUGAAUACGAAAAACUUCGAAAAAUGAUAGUAAAAGGACGAAAGUUGGGUGGCCCUACAGAAAUAUUUUGCUCUCGUCAUUCUCAAAACCAUGAUGACAAGAAGUUCGAUAGGCUUUGGAAUAAACGUAGAAAACAAGGUUUUGUCGUUAACCUCAUUGAACAAAAACCGCACAAGACGAGAGAAAAAAAA